CUUACAAACACAGGACACAUAUGCAAUUAGCACUAGCUCUAGCAAGGCGGUCCUUUUUUUCGAAAUUAUUUUUGAAGUUCUUUAGCGACGAUUAAUCUCAUUGCGACGCCUCUUUUGAAAUGGAAGAUAAACAAAAACUAAUUUCAACAGUUCUAGCUCAAACCUUAAUUUUACUGGAUGACUUUUUGGAUGACACAGAAUGCAAUGUUGAGAACUUACAGGAAGAACUUUUAUUUCUUUCGCGUAUAAAAAGGCCAAUUCCUCGUUUAAAAAAUUAUGUUGAAGAAAUAGUUCCGUUGUACAAUGACGAACAAUUUAAAUCACAUUUUAGAAUGCGGCGAUCUACAUUUAAUUAUAUAUUACAUCUUAUAAAACCUUUGUUAUUAAGAUCUAAACCAGGUAAUAAACAAAUAACGCCAGAAAAACAGUUUCUCGUUUGUAUAUGGAAAAUGGCAACACCUGAUUCAUAUCGAUUUAUAUGUGAAAAAUUUAAUAUUGGAAAAGCAAGUGCAUUGCAAUGUGUAAGGAGAGUUACAAGAAGUCUUGUAAAGCUUGCUCCAAUUUUUAUCACUUGGCCACAAGGUGACAGAGUACAACAAAUUUUUGAAGGAUUUGAGACAGUUAGUGGAUUUCCUAAAAUAAUAGGAGCAAUUGACGGUACACACAUUAACAUUAAAGCACACCCAGGAUCGAACAUGAGUGUUAUAUUAAUAGAAAAGGGCAUCAUUCAAUACAAUUGCAGGGUAUAUGUGAUCAUGAACUACGUUUUAUCCAUUGUUUUGCUGGAAACGUCGGUUCUGUUCACGAUCAAAGAGUGUUUCGUUUAUCUGAAGUAUAUGAAUAUUUAGAAGAUCCACGUAAGUUUCCAGAUGAUUCUCAUUUAGUAGGCGACGCAGCGUAUUCCAUCCAUAAUCAUUUGAUGACACCUUAUCGAAACAACGGACAUUUAACAAAUAAACAAGAAAAAUACAAUAACUGUCACUCUUAUGCACGGAUAGCAAUUGAACGAGCGUUCGGAUUACUUAAAGGAAGAUUUCGGAGUUUGCUCACUGUCCUUGACAUGGGACGUACAGACUGUA